AUGGAAAACAAAGAAACUUCAACGCUUAACGGUUUCCACUAUAGCAGUCGGCACAAAGUUUACAUCUUCCAGCACUCCAAGGUCAUCAAUUAUCCCUCCACUAUAUCAUAUGCAGAGUUUAGGAACUAUUCACGAUCUCACCAAACGUCGCCUGAUAUCAAAACUUCUACGGCUUUUGAAUCUUCAAAACAAGUGACUGCAGCUCGUUCUCUUAUCAAAGACCUCGCAACGCAAUACUCUAAUAUAACUCCUUUCGAACGCGCCCAAAUCCUAGUCAACCGAGCAUGCGAAAUCGUCAGCCAUAAUUCAUCUUUGCUCCACUCCCAUACUGUUGCUUCAUCUCGUUCUGUACAAAGGUUUUUGGCAAAUCAAUCUUUUGAUGUCGGGUUUUCCAUCAUCGAUGCUGGUGGUGAUGGCAUUUGGGAAGACAUAACUCUGCCAGAGUGGAUUCCGGAAUCUAUCGAACACCAAAUUAAACUUCAUUCUGGUUUGUAUCAAAACUCUAGUGCUGAAAAUACAAUUCUCAAGGCUUUCCCACUGUCUUCAGUCCGCUGUAAACUAAUCGAUAACAUUCGCGAAAAAAAUCAAAAAAUUCUCGUCCUCAUGAGUUCUAUAGGUGUCUCUCAAGCCACCUUGCGUGGACUCCAACGAACAACAAAUCACAUAAACUCUAAUAAUACUCUAUGGCCCGGGUUUACUAACCUUUUAGUGUGGUUCUACGAACAACUUUGUAUUGCACGCGCACUCGAGAUUCUUACCGAUGAGGUGCUGCGCACCUACCACACUGUGUUUGAGCGCACAGGUUGCACAGCAGAUGAUAUUGCAAACAUGUCAUUUUGCAAGAUGAUUGAUGUGUUAAGUUGGCGGCUUGGGCUUGAUUCCAAAACAGAGCUUAAUGCUCACCUACUUCGAAAGUUUGGUUUGACGAUUGAUACUGCUGAUAUACUUUCAAAAAAACAAUGUCUUUUAAAGAGUGCCCAGACUGUGGGAGAUGCGUUUAGUAUGUUCAAUACAUCAUUGAGAAAUGAUAUAAUUUUGUUGACCGCCUCUUUUCCCUUUUUGUCCGUUCAGCUGCUUCCUACUUACGCUCUGGCAUUAGUAUACAGACAGCUGUUGUUUGCACUAGAGCCUUAUGUUAACAAAACUCCAGGGUACAGGGAACUUUGGUUAAAUAUAGGAUCACUACGAGAUUUUGCAAAUGCUGAAAAAGAAAAUAUUAGAAAUAAUUAUUUGUACCGGCUUAAUGCGUGGCUGGAUGAUGUAAAAAUUGAAGAUAAGAGCGAGCCUUUUAAUUAUACCGAGCUGGAUCUCGGGAGUUUUUUGAUACCUCAAGAAGAAGCAGAAGAAAAAAAUGAAGAGAAAAAGAAGGAACAGAAGGAACAGAAGGAACAGAAGGAACAGAAGGAACAGAAGGAACAGAAGGAACAGAAGGAACAGAAGGAACAUGAAGAAGAAAACAAAAAUAAUAAAAAGGGCCAGUCAAAAAAUGAUGCGGAUGUUGAUGCAGAGGUCGGUGAAAAUUUUGAUGCAAAGACUGACACCAAGGACCCAGCAAAAGUUAAUAAAAAGGCUGAUGCCAAGGAUGGUGUCGAGGAUAGUGCUGAAGACCGGAAAAACGUUACAUCAAACGUUGAAGCAAAUAUUGAAGGAAAGAAGCAAUUAAAGGAUAAAGCAAUUGCUGAAACAAAACCUCAAGCAAGUUAUGAAGAUAGUAAUAAGGGAAAAAAAACUAAAAUACCUUUACAAAAAAUUGAAUCAACAUCAGCGGAUUCUUCAACUACUGAUAUUUCCCGCAGCUUGUCUCUAGAGCAAAAGCUACAACAGUUGAAUCUUUCCGACACUUUAGGCAGCAGUAGUCACUAUGCGAAAAAAGCCUCAGAAUCUCAAUCCGAGUUUUUGGCUGACGAUGAGAAUACCACUUCGCAAUCUGAAGAAGAAGAAGAAGAAGAUAAUGAAGACGAAAAAGACGAAGAAGAAAAAUCGUCUACUGGAACUGUUUCAAAUUCCUCCGUCAAGUUACUUGCUAAAAAACAAUUACCAAAGUCUCUUCCAAUAGGCCCACGAAAUAGACCCUCUGUUCAGCAUGAAAUUAGUACCCCACUUGCAAAAUUUGUUUCAGAUGACGAAGAACUUUCCGAAAAAUCUGAAAUCAACACUCCAUCGUCCAACGAAAAUUCUGAAACAGCAAUUGAAACACCUGAAAGUGUACCAGCGGUUGAAAAAUCGAAAUCAUUUAAAAAAUUAAGCAUACCAAAGGGUUCAUCUAAAGACCUUGUAUCUACGUCCUCACAGCCUGAGUUCCGUUGUCAUCCCCAUUUCCCUACACUUUCCCGCGAUUGGUACACUUGGACUCAUGAAAACUACAUUGAAAGUUUUAAAAUUCUUCUUGCACUGACCCCCCACCCUACCCGGUCAAACAAAAUUCAUUUAUUCAAGAACCAGCAUGAGUUUUUGAUCAAGAACUUGUUGUCAAGUGAUCCUGUGAUUUCCCGGUUUGCCAAUUUCCUAGUUAAUGAUUUGUUUAGGUUUAGUAAUCCGUAUUACCAUGAGCUCCAGGCAGCACAGUAUUAUAAAAAAUUGCCGCACUAUAGGCUCAUGCUUAACAGGACAUCUUUUAAACCAGUUACCUCGGAUCACUCCACUUCAGUCAAAUUAAACCGGUUUACGAUUAUGGAUGGUAUGGAUUGUGCUGAUAACGAACAAGAAGAUAAUAAAAAUGAGGAUGAUGAGGAUCAGGAAUUUGAGGACAACAAGUUUGACAAUAAGGCUGGUGGAUCUGAAAAAGUCAAUGGUGGACCUCCAAUCUCAUUAAGUCAUUGCGAGAUGGAGAUUGAGAAGAAUCUGGAUAGUGGACCUAAUUCCAGAUCAGUGGCUUAUUCAAAGGCAACACCAGACACUAAAGUUACUAGUACUGAAAUCACUGAAACUAAACCCACUAGCAAAUCUGGCUACCAACUUAAGAAAGCAACAAAUCAAGCUACCAAAAGCGUGGGUUUGGAAGUUAAUCAAACAAAGAUGCGACAAAAGAAUCAGGACGACAUAGUAGAGGGCAAAAAUAAAAGCAAAGGCGUUUCCACCAAUUUUGCCAGUAAAACAAAGGGGAAUUUUUUCACUGGUUAUAACAUUCUUCCCCCUUAUCCUAAAAAAUUGAAAAACUUAGGAAAUGAUGAUGUCAGUGAUGAUGAAAAUAAAGACAAUGACGACAACAAGAAAGAUAAUAAUUCUGAACUCUCUGAUAUUGGUGACAUUGAUGACCUUCUAAGUCAGUCAGCUAGUUCUGAGAUAUUUAGACGACCUUUUAAGCGCUCUCGUCUUGAAAAACCUCUAAAGACUUUGCCCUCACGGCCUCAAAGCGAGGCUAUGGCCAGUUACCCGAUCUACGAUCUGCUUGUCAGCGAGGCUGAAAAUUCCAUUGCCAAGUUCCACGAAAUGCUACAAAACCGGCCAGCUAACCGACCUCAAAACCGUAUCGUUUUAACUCCCUCGGAAAUUCAGCGGUAUAUAGAGCACGUCAAUACGGCUUCAGCUACAGCUUCUACUACGGAACAACUUCUUUUCUAUGACUCGAUUACAAUGCUUCCAAUUGAGUCACAGAGCUUGCCGGCUGAUAUCAAAGACGAGUACAUGGAUAGUAUGUUUGUGAACACACUCAAUUCCCUCCACAGUAACAAGGAGUGUAACAUUUUGAACCGCUCACUUAUGGCUGUAAGUAAAACAUGUCCGAGACAUAUGUGCGGCGACAUUACCAUGUUUGAGCCCCGAUCAAUUCGGCAGACCAAGAUCAUGGCUUUCAUUCCAGACAAAGAGGUGUACCUGCCUGUUCAUCUUUUGGGCGAUGUGUGUAUCAACAAAGAGCUAGGCGCUGUACUAAAGAAUGUUUUGUAUGUGCCUCGAAUUCAUGGCAUGAUUAUCUCUCAGCCCUCUAUUAUGUCGUCGGAUUUGCCCCAGUUCCGUUCCUACACUCUUACACAAAAAGAUUCGAAUUUGUCUUUAUCUUCUGCUGGUCAGUUCAGUAAGCUCAUCGGGUUUCAACCAAUGAACAAGCCAUCCUCGUCUUUUUCUAAUUCUUCCUCUUCAGACAUAGUUUGGUUUCAAAACGCAAUUGUAAAUGGGAAACCUUUUAUUAUCCCGCAACUAACACUACCAUACAAUGCUUACGAGAAACAGGAAAUGUCAUUAAGUAAGGACCAAUUUUGCAGUAUAGGAUCGUAUCUCGGAUAUUUUCAAGGAUUUAGACAAGAUGGUAAAUCGAUUUAA